GAAUGGCUCUUCUUGCUCAUCUGUGUCUCGCCAAAUGUUUGCUUCUCUUGCCCCUGUUUGCGGUCGUUUUCGCCGCCGACAUCGAUGCUUAUGGAUCCAGAUCCACCCUCAUGAAGCCGAAACAGCAUGGAGACCAAAGCCUCCUGUCCACAAACAUUGGGAUUCAAGGAGUCAUUUACUGUAGAUCGGGCUCGAAGCUCGUCCCGCUCCAAGGUGCUCGGGCGAGAAUAACAUGUUUGGCUGUGGACAAGCGAGGGUACGAAACUGCUCCGUUCUGCAUCUUGAGCAGACCCACUGAUGCAAACGGCUAUUUCUCGGCGACUUUGUCGCCAUCGGAGGUCGAAGAUGACUGGAAGCUCACACGUUGCAAGGCUUUCCUGGAGUUUUCUCCCUCAGAGACCUGCAAAGUCCCAACGGAUGUGAACAGGGGGGUCACCGGUGCUCUUCUUUCAUCCUAUCGCCUCUCAAAGGACAAGAGAAUGAAAUGGUUCUCCGUGGGGCCUUUUGUUUACACCUCGUGA